AUGGGGGUUCUGGGAGACGCGUCCGCUCGUUGGCCCUGGCUGGUACAGUUGGGAACGGAGCCAGAGGACACCAUCCUGAGGGUUGUUUAUGAACACCAAAAAGUUGCAGCUGAAGAGGAGCGGCCCUGGUUCGUGACCCUAUCGUUCGCCCAGUCACUUGACGGGCGGAUCGACUUUCGCGAGACAACCGGGGCCGCUCCCCUGCGACUGUCUAGUCCCCGGGCGCAACGUCUGACACACGCACUUCGAGCUAUGCAUCAUGCAGUUGCUGUCGGGUGGAACACCCUGGUAUCAGACGACCCGUUGCUCACAGUGCGUUGCGGUAUACCGGGAACGCAUACGCCUCCAGGUUGGACGCAACCUCGACCAGUGGUCCUGCUCCCGCACGACGGCACCCGUGAGUCUACAGGCCUGAAACAGUCACGCCUGUGGUGCCAGCGCCGACACGAGCUGCUGCUGGUGCCUCGCGAGGCUGACUGGCGCGCCGAGGUCAGUGCACCCUCGCUCUUUGUUGAAGGCGGCAGACGGGUGAUCUCCAGUCUACUCCAAGCGACAACGACAGACGACGCGCUUGGGCGACGUUGCAACCUGGUUAUCAUCACGAUUGCGAAUUGCUUCAUUGGAAACGACGUGCGGAGCGUUCCGGCCUUUACGCGUGGUUCAUCGAGUGCGCACACGUGUCGACUUGGACACUUGCGCAGCUGGAUGCUCGAAGAUGAGCUGAUUCUGCUCGGUAUCCCGGCCGGUGCGGAUACCGAGCGCACGCCAUCCUGA